GGUGGAGACAGGUGAGUCACGGUUCACUGUAAGGAAACGCAGCCUUCGGCAGCAAAAAUGGCAAAAUUUUUCACUCCAGCUCAAAUCAAUGAGUUCAAGGAAUGUUUCUCGUUGUAUGACAAGAAACAGAAGGGCAAGAUUGAGGCCGGGGACCUUAUCACAGUGAUGCGCAGCCUCGGGACAAGCCCUACUUUCAGUGAAAUCGACAGACAUCUCCAAGUUCACAAAAUUGCUAAGCAGGGCGAGGUGGACUUCUCUACGUUCCUGACCAUGAUGCACAGACAGAUGCAGCAGGAGGACCCUAAGACAGAGAUCCUGGAGGCCUUGAAGAUGGCCGACAAGCAGAAUAAAGGCUACAUCCAGGCGGCUGAGUUGCGGGCCAAACUCACCAAACUAGGAGAGAAACUCACAAACAAAGAAGUGGAUGAUUUGUUCAAGGAAGCAAAUGUCAAAUCAAAUGGAACGGUCAACUAUGAAGAGUUCACCCGGAUGAUGACUCUUCCACCUGUUGACUACUGAGUUGAGUUCUGUUCUUGUGGAGCACAGGCUCCAUGUUCCAGCUGUGAGUUUUACCAUGUAACACAACUUGUAUUAGAUAUCAUGUGUAAUAUGAUUUACUUCAUGACUUGUACCAUGUAACAGAGGGAUCCAAACAUCCAAAAGUUGCAAUUAUUUAUAAUCGAAAAAAAUUGAUAGUGGCACGUUAAAACAAGUUAUUAUGUGAAUAAAUGAAAAGUUCAAUAAAAGUGAAAUUGAGAGACAAGUAAAACUGCUGUAUAAUAAUAUGCAUAUGAUUGUCGUUUUAAUAAAACAUUGAAAUUAUUCCAUGCUUUAUUACCAAACAUUUCAUUUUGCUUUAUUAAGAGUGGUAUAAACAUGGCUAGUGCAAUGCUGAAAAAACAAUUAAACAUAACUGAUAAAGAAACAUUAACGUCACCCAUUACUGCAUGGCUUACUGCAUGGCUUACCACACGGUAAGCCCUUUGUCUCACAGUAUACUUCACCUGUUAAUAAGCACUGUACAAGCCUUUUACAUUGUCUUUACACCUCAGUGCAAGCCAAAUAACUAGCUUCUAUUAGAAAAAGUACAAUAGAGAAAACGAAAAAAACAUUAGAAGAGGCUAUAGGUUACAGGCAAAUUCAGGUUGAGUGAAUGUGAAUCUGCUUUGUAAUGUUCUCUAUUGUUUACUUUGGUAGAAUCACCACAACUGUGAAUUAAGACGAACCUGUACAAAAUCUGGAAGCUCAUUAGGACUAUUUCUACUUAAAGGUCCCAUGGCAUGAACAUUUCACUUUAUGAGGUUUUCUAACAUUAAUAUGAGUUCCCCUAGCCUGCCUAUGGUUCCCCAGUAUAGAAAUGGCGUUAGGUGUAAAACGAGCACUAGGUAUCCUGCUCCCACCGAUUUGGACAUUUCCCUGAAUGUCGUUAUCCGGGGACAUGUUAACUCCCCUUUCUCUGCUUUGGCCGCCCAGAGAAUUUGGCCUGCCAAUGAGACAAUGAGCUACGACCGUGCGAGCGCCACAUGUGUGUGUGCGUGGGGGAACACUGUAAUGCAACACUUCUUUGUUAUAUGGAUUACUGUUCUGCUGUUGGUGUUGGAGCAUAACAUGUCGGGUUCAGUGACGUAUCUUGUAUUUCCACAACGAGACUCGUAGUGGGGGUUAUCUCAGCCAUGGUUGAGAAGGAAUUGGGGGAAAGGAACUUUGGCUUUGUCUCCCUGAAGUAGCCUACAUGAACCGCGACAUGGAGGAGAAAGGGUUUGUUGCCCGCGAUUGUCUCCCGCCGGAGCCUCACUGCCCUCUGCCGAGGCGGUGACGCCUCGGCAACAAUGCCUUCCUCCAUUGUCAAUGGUGAGAUACAGAUCUUGUUGUAGCGAUUUUAUAAAGGCUACAUGUUCUACUUAUAUUAUAACUAAAUAAUUUUAUAUUUAUAUAAAUAUUUAUAACACGGUAUGGAGGAAUGCUCGAUUCUGAUUGGCUGCAGGGUGUGCAUUAACUCCUGAUAUACGGACACCUGCUAAGUAGUUCCAGUCAAAUUGUCUGUUCACCGUUAAUUAAUAACCCUCAAUUAAUGUGCAAGCUGGCGUAUCGUAUCAGCCCGUCUCAAAAAUGACUAACCGUAGCAACAAGAACGCAGUCAAAGCCGACGGACUAGAAUACCUCCCGUUGCCAAGUCGUAGCUAAUGUCCGUCCUAAUUAGUGGAGUAGUGAACCACGAUCAGUUGCAUAUGAUCCUUACGUGAGGGUAAUGGUUGUUGCAGGAAUUAGUCAAACCCUCAGGCGUUGCCAGGGAAACAAAGUUAUGGCUUGUGAAAAACGUUAUAUUUGGAUUGUAUUGUAGUCUUAAUUUAUUUUCUUUGGCAAGUGACCGUGGUAUAAGGGGGUAAUGCCCUUCGAGGUGUCCAUUAUCAGGAAUUAAUGGACUUCGCGCUGCGCGUCGGACGGUUCAUGCCUCCGCGGCGUCCAUAAUUCCUGAUAAUGGACACCUCGUCGGGCAAUAUCCCAUACAUAUA